UCUUAAUAGUUACUGUCUGUUGGGAUACUUGCAGGCGUCUCAUCUGCUGAAAUAUGAUUCAAUGUUGGGGACAUUUAAGGCAGAUGUGAAGAUUGUUGAUGGUGAAACCAUUAGUGUUGAUGGAAAGCCUAUAAAGGUGGUUGCCAAUAGGGAUCCUUCGAAGCUCCCUUGGGCUGAUCUUGGCAUAGAUAUUGUUAUUGAGGGAACUGGUGUAUUUGUCGACGGCCCGGGCGCUGGAAAGCACAUACAAGCCGGAGCUAAAAAAGUUAUAAUUACAGCGCCGGCCAAAGGAGCUGAUAUCCCAACCUAUGUGUUCGGAGUUAAUGAAGGAGAUUACUACCAUGAGGCCUCCGAUAUAAUAAGCAAUGCAUCUUGCACAACAAACUGCCUGGCGCCUUUUGUGAAGAUCAUAGAUGAGGAGUUCGGUAUUGUGAAGGGCACCAUGACCACAACUCACUCUUAUACAGGAGAUCAGGACUUCCUACUGGACGCCUCACACCGCGACCUCCGCCGCGCGAGGGCCGCCGCUCUGAACAUCGUCCCGACGAGCACCGGAGCGGCGAAGGCCGUCUCCCUCGUCCUUCCUCGGCUCAAAGGAAAGCUCAACGGAAUCGCUCUUCGAGUCCCGACCCCCAAUGUCUCUGUGGUCGAUCUCGUCGUCAAUGUCGCGAAGAAAGGAAUCACCGCCGACGAAGUUAACGAUGCCUUCCGCCGCUCCGCCGACGGUCCCCUCAACGGCGUCCUCGCCGUCUGCGAUGCCCCCCUCGUGUCCGUCGAUUUCCGCUGCACCGACGUCUCAUCCACCAUUGAUUCCACUCUCACCAUGGUUAUGGGCGACGAUAUGCUCAAGGUGGUCGCUUGGUAUGACAAUGAGUGGGGUUACAGCCAACGCGUGGUUGAUUUAGCACAUCUGGUGGCGAGCAAGUGGCCGGGGACGGCGGGGACGGCGGCGGCGGCGGAGGAAACCGGCGAUCCUUUGGAGGACUUCUGCAAAACCAGUCCGGAGACUAAAGAAUGUAAAGUUUAUGAAGAUUGAUUUAUCAUUCAAACGAAUUAUUAAAUUGGAGGGCAGAUGAUUUUUUAUGUAUGGAUUAUUAAAUUUGAAUUUAAAUUUGGUGGCUAUGCAAUUUUACA